ACAUUGAUCAGAGUCUCUGUGACCUUCUCGGGACACGAGAAAUCCAGAAAUGGCAACUAAGUCAUUGGGAGUUGUCUUCUCACUGAUGACUACAUUCUGCCUUCUUCUUGGUCUUGGUCAAGCCAAGGAAACAGGCAAAACCAGACACUAUAGAUUUGAUAUUAAAUUGCAAAACGUGACGCGAUUAUGCCAUACGAAGAGCAUGGUGACGGUGAAUGGACAGUUUCCAGGGCCUCGCAUUGUGGCAAGGGAGGGGGACCGGCUUCUCAUCAAAGUGGUUAACCAUGUCCAGAACAAUAUUUCAAUCCACUGGCAUGGCAUUCGACAGCUUCAAUCGGGUUGGGCUGAUGGACCGGCAUACAUAACUCAAUGCCCUAUACAAACUGGGCAGAGCUACGUGUACAACUUCACCGUUGUUGGCCAAAGAGGGACUCUCUUUUGGCAUGCCCAUAUCUCAUGGCUAAGAGCUACUGUUUAUGGCCCUAUUAUCAUUCUUCCUAAGAAUAAUGUCGCUUACCCAUUUACUAAACCCUAUAAGGAGGUCCCCAUCAUCUUCGGAGAGUGGUUCAAUGCAGACACUGAGGCAAUAAUUAACCAAGCUUUACAAACAGGUGGUGGCCCAAAUGUGUCUGAUGCCUAUACCAUCAAUGGACUUCCAGGGCCAUUGUACAAUUGCUCAAGUAAAGAUACAUUCAAGCUGAGGGUUAAGCCCGGAAAGACUUACCUUCUCCGACUGAUCAACGCCGCGCUAAACGACGAGCUCUUCUUCAGCAUUGCCAACCACAGCCUCACUGUGGUGGAAGCGGACGCCGUCUAUGUCAAGCCCUUUGAGACUCAGACACUUCUCAUUACCCCAGGGCAAACUACAAAUGUUGUUCUGAAGACAAAACCCUUCUUCCCCAAUGCUGCCUUCAUGAUGAGUGCUAGGCCAUAUGCCACUGGCCUUGGCACCUUUGAUAACUCCACCGUUGCCGGCAUACUAGACUAUGAAUUGCCUUCCGAAUCCAAGUCAACUAUCCAUAAUCUUCCUCUCUUUAAACCGUCACUUCCUGCUCUCAAUGACACCACAUUUGCCACGCGUUUUACUGCGAGACUUCGCAGUUUGGGUAGUGAGCAGUACCCGGCUAAUGUCCCUCAGAGAGUUGACAAGCGCUUCUUCUUCACAGUAGGCCUUGGAACAAGCCCUUGUGACCAAAACCAGACCUGCCAAGGCCCCAAUGGAACCAAGUUCUCAGCUUCUAUCAACAAUGUCUCCUUCGUCCAACCAACAACAUCCCUCCUCCAAGCUCACUUCUUGGGGCGAUCAAAUGGCGUUUACAGCCCUUAUUUCCCUACCAACCCAAUUCAUUGGUUUAACUAUACAGGGACUCCACCAAACAACACUAUGGUAAGCAAUGGAACCAAAGUUUUGGUGCUGCCUUUCAACACUAGUGUAGAGCUAGUGAUGCAGGACACAAGCAUCCUUGGAGCUGAGAGCCACCCUCUCCACCUCCAUGGCUUCAACUUCUUCAUCGUCGGCCAGGGUUUCGGGAACUUUGAUCCGAAGAAUGACCCUAAAAACUUCAAUCUUGUCGACCCUGUAGAAAGGAACACCGUGGGGGUGCCCUCUGGUGGAUGGGUUGCCGUCAGAUUCUUGGCAGACAAUCCAGGGGUGUGGUUCAUGCAUUGUCACCUAGAAGUCCACACUAGCUGGGGUCUGAAGAUGGCUUGGCUUGUCUUAGAUGGAAAGCUUCCCAACCAGAAGUUGCUUCUACCGCCGGCAGAUCUCCCAAAAUGUUGAUCUUGGUCUUGUAUUAAUUUCCCAAUCGAUCGGUUCGGGAGCGAGCUAGCUAACAUUCCUUCAGAUUUCACUUUAAGUUACUUCCAUUUUGAUCUUUUCGGGUUUGGACUAUGAAAUUAAUUACUUUCGAUCGGAUGAACCAUCAAUGUCAUGGACAUAGAGUUUCAUUUUUUUUUUUUUUUCUGAGAAAAUUAUUUUAUCUGGAAUUGCGACUAAUUGCAAAUAAAGAAUAUUUCCCAUACUAGGAAGUUAU